UCCCCGCCCACGGGCCGGCGCGGUGGAGCUAGGUGCGGACUUGGCCAGCCUGGUCCGGGAGCAGCCAGGUAGGACAGGACUCUGGAAGUCUCCGCUGCUUUGCAGCUGCAUGGGGAGGCGAAGGUGCCAGCGCCACGCCCAUUAGCAGCCCCUUCUCGCUAAGAACUGGUCUGCUUUGGCUUGACUCUGCUGAGAUUGUUUAGCUUGAGACGCUGGGUCUGCUGGCUACAGCAGGGACCUUAGCAGCUGUCACUCACUCUAGCCUCAGCAUAGUAAUGCCUGCUCUCCAGUCAAGCGUUUUCUUGAGGUUGUCAGCUUGGCAUUAGGAACAUCAAACUGGCUGGUCUGGUUCUUGACGUAGUGACUAAAUAUUUUAUAAAAUGGAGCAAAUUUGAUUUUGCGGAUGGCUGCAGGAAACGCAAGACGGAUGCUACCACUUACACUCGUUCUAAAGCAAUAUGAAGCACUAGAAAAUUAGCAUGAUAACCUGAGCCUCUUCCCGGGUUGUGAUGGCAUGCCCUGUAAUUUGUGAGUACUAAUCAACACAAAUGAGGACUAGAGAGAUCCCAGAGUUCAGGAGCCUGUUGUGUGAUGAAUUAUUGUGUUUUUUACUGUCUUUUACUGGACCACAACUAAAGAGUAAUACAAGAUCAGCCCAUUUCUAACUCCAUAUUGACACUCCUCCCCAACCACUCUUGUGAGGAAAUAGUUAUAAUACCAAGCUUUCACACUACACUUUUCAUUCCUAGAUCUCAAAGUGCAUUACAAGUAGUUCAGUAUCAUUAUCCCCAUUUUACAGGUGUCACCCAGCAGGUCAGUGGCAGAGCCAAGAAUUGAACCCAAGUCUCUUGAGUCCCUGUCCAGUACUCUGAAAAGGAAAUUUCACAUGAUUAAUUUCUUAUAUUUUAUUAUAAAGGAGGCCUGCACUGUCUGCACAGUAGUGUCCAUCUAGCUUCUUUUUUAUUGUAUCACGCAUUAUUUCAUUUUAGCUUUGGAAGGUCAUAUCUGAUUUCAGCUCCUUGUCAUUUUUUUAAGGACCAUAUAAAUAUUUUGAAGCAAAAUUUCAAAGCAAAAUUAACGCAAUUGAGUUUGACACACUGAAUUUUGAAACAAUUUAUCUGGUUUUAGUUAAGGGGACACCAUGACUGGGGAAGAUUUGCUCAAAGACACUACCAGCGUCAAGCCAGAACUGGUUUUACAGCACUGUUUUAAACAAUACAAACUCAGAGAUUUGUAUCCAAAGUUUUUCUUUAAAGUGAAACCAAGUACAUUUGGGCCACCCAAAUCCAGACGUCGCAUUAUUAUCGCACCUCCAAUGGUAAGACCGGCUUCUGAUGGUUCAAAACCCAUUCAGACCACUGCCAUUGAUGAAAAGGAGGAAGCUGCUGCCUGGCAAGUGACCCCUGAGGUAGAAAGCUGUCCCCACACUCCGGAAGAACCUUCAGAAGCAAGAGAUGAUCUACUAAAGCUGGAAGCUUGGAUAACGGAAAGGAGAAAGCUCCGCUCUCAAUUGGAUAGCCUUGUGGAUGUUGAAAAAUGGCUAAGUCAAAAACUUUGCACCACUGAGCAAGAAGAUAGAGUCCUGGAAAACUUACAAAACUGCAGAGCAGUGAGGAAGGCUGAAAGGAAGUUAGCUGCGACCAGAAAUCUUGAAAACCUGCUGCCAAAGCACGACCUGCCUCCUCAAAGGAGAGUCAUCCCCCUUAUCAACGCUCCCUAUCCCCAGUCCCUCAUCACACUGCAUAACCUUCUGCACAAACAAAAGCUCAAGAUGGUGGACUUAUUCAGGAAGGCGGAUAAAGACAAGAAGCAAUUUAUGAGAUCAGACUUCAUUAAAGUUAUCAAGGGGGCCAAAGUCCCUAUCAGUGACAAUGACCUGGAAGAUGUGAUCAUCUUCCUUACUUCUUCAAAACGUGGGAAUUUUAUAACCAAUGACGAUCUGGUUGAAUGUCAAAAUAUAUGGCUGGAUACAAUGAGAGAUCAGACAAAACAACCUGGGGAGGCAAAAACAGCAAGUCCCCGAUUUCACACCCGAAAAGCUGUUUCUAAAACUGUUAGUCGUCCAGCAUCUGCUGCUGGCAAAACCAAAGAGACGCAGCCACUUGCUCCUAGUGAACCUGGAGCAAAGUUAACACUGUUAGAAGUUCCCCCUAUCGACACCGAACUGGAUCACAGACCUCUAAGCUAUGAGGAAAUGGAGGAGACUGGGAAGAGAUGCAGAGAGAGGAAACGAUGGGAGAAGGCCAAGGUCAAUCCAAUACAAUGGCUGGAAUGCUGUCGACUGGUGAGAUCUGGAAACAAGGCCAUUGAUGAACACUGCUUGCCAUCUACAAUGGAGAGUGAAAUGGGGGAAAUAACUGAUCAGCAUCGAAGGACCUGCUACAUGGUUUAUCUGCAGUGUCUCAAAUUAUGCAAAGAAUAUAACAUUCCACUUACCGAAAAGGUCCUGGAAAAAGCCCUGCUGUACCCAGGAGACAAAAUAAUCAAAGAAGGAGCAUAUGUGCAGAAGAUCAGACAGCCAGGGGGUCCCUAUACAACAACGGACGGGAGUCACCACCAAAGACGAGUGCUUUUAAACAGACAAAGAUUAAGAAAUGCAUUAAAAAGGGAUGCCAAAAAUGGAAUGCAUGAUACAGGGAUUAAGGGGCAACUACAUGGAAAGCAGAAGGAAUACAGAGGCAGCUGGAUGUCAUUUGAGGAUUAUGAACAGUUAACAAGACGUCUGCACACGAAGUGGUCCAAUCUGAACUACAAGUCUCACGACAAUAACUUCUGGCCAGGUCACCUUCUGGACAAGCUGCGUAUUUACCUCCCACAGAUAGCGCCUAAUCAGGAGCAUGCCCUGUUCAGCUAUGUUCGUCCAACACCACCUGUCUAUCCUGGCGUCUACAACCCACACCGCAGCUGGCCAAUCAGUGACCAGGGAUACGUGACCUAUGGAAAUACUGAGACUCAAAAGUAUUGAUGUUGUCUGGGACAGUAAUGCUAUGCACAACGAAAGCUUUGUGACCUCUCUGUCACCUCCAUGGACUUAGGCCACCAUCAUAAGCAAAAUAAAGCUAUCAAAGUAUGCAUUCCCAAAGUUAUGGGAGACUUGACAGAGCAGUUGACUUCUAGAUUGGCAAGUUUCUGUUCCUUGUGACUCAUGACACAAGACCUGGGGACAUUCAAUGAAACUGAAAGGUGGCAAAUUCAAAACUGAUAAUAUUAGACUGUGGAACUCGGCACUAUAAGACAUUGUUGAGGCUGAGAAUUUAGAAAGAUUCAAAAAGGGAUGGAGCAUUCAUAAAGAUAACAAGAAUAUCUAGACAUAAUAGUUAACGCUAAUAAAAAAUCUGGGAGAGAUAUUAACCUCAUAUUUCAGGACAAAAAACUAACUAUUAAGGAUCAAGAUUAAACCUAAUUUGGGGGUCAGAUUAUUCCACAUCCACCUAUCGUAGAGUUUCUUGCACUUUCCACUGAAGCAUCUGGUGGUAGCCACUGUCCAAGACAGGAUACUACACUCAGGUCUGAUUGAAGCUGGCAAUUCUGUUCCUGUGAUUCCAGUCCAGCUCUUUGGUGACCCAUGUAAAAUGCACUUGGCAAGUCGCAGUCUAGUUUCUACCAGAAGAUAGAGCCAAGUCACAAAAACUGCCAUCACAACUAGCCGCACUUAUUGGCAGCCUUGGGAUGGAAGAGUGAGUGGGCCAUGAUAGUGACUAAACUAACUUGUCACACUUGUAGAAAUCAGGGUCAAGGCACAUGGGUGUGGGAGGGCAGAGGAAACUUGCUCUCCUGCUGCCUACGCUGUAUCUGUUCACAAGGAUUUUGAUUUCCAUGACAAAAAUUUCUUGGUGGACCAACACUUGAAACCUGCCAAUUCUCACACAGCCUGGGGAUACUAGACUACGAGAGUAGGAACACUGGUUGUUGGGACACUGGUCUUAUCCCGGUCCCUUGAGCAGCAUGAUGGGAUCUUUAACUGCCACCUGCUCAGCCAGAGAUGGGGGGUAGUUACCCCAAUUUAAUUUAAUAGGCUGAUGAAAGAUUUAAAUAUAAAUAUAGAUAUAAAUAAAAUGU